UCCUGCCCAUGUGUGACUUGUCACCUCAUUCUGUAAGACUGGCACCAGUGGAGAUGCAGAGGGAGAAGAUCCCUGGGAGGAAGCGAGGCCGGCCCCCACUUCACUCCACACCUGUGAAGAUGGCAGUGCAUAAUCUUUACUCUGCUUCCACGGGCUCUUUACCAGCAGUGAAGAUGGCAAAGAAGAGGGGGCGGAAACCUGGGUACAAGAUCAAGCCUCGGGUACUUAUGACUCCCUUGGCCCUGUCACCCCCACGGAGUACCCCAGAGCCUGACCUCAGCUCCAUUCCUCAGGACGCAGCCACCAUUCCCAGCUUGGCAGCCCCACAGGCGCUCACAGUGUGCCUCUAUGUUAACAAGCAGGCCAACGUGGGGCCGUACCUGGAGAGGAGGAAGCUGCAGCAGCUCCCGGAGCGCCUGGGGCCUGAGAGGCCCACAGCUGUCCUGCAGCAGGCCGUGCAAGCAUGCAUCGACUGUGCACACCAGCAGAAGCUGGUCUUCUCCCUGGUAAAGCAGGGCCACAGCGGUGAGCUGGUGUCAGUCUCUGCUUCCUUUGAUGGAAAACAGCAUCUGCGGAGUCUGCCUGUGGUGAACAGUGUGGGCUAUGUCCUCCGCUUCCUGACCAAACUGUGCCGCAGCCUCCUGUGUGACAACCUCUUCAGCCACCUGCCCUUCCCCGGGAAUCCCAGUGCCUCUGAGAGGGCCCAGGAAAGAGAAGAUAGGAGAACAGAGUCAGCCAAGGCAGCCACUGCCGAAGAGUGCCUGGUAAGCCCAGUGGGCAUGAACCGCUACAGCCUGGACCCCUCCUCCAUCGCCUUUAGUCCCAGGGGCUCCUUGACCUCCUCUUCUUCUUCCCCCUCCCCCUUGCUGUACUGCAAGAGGUUGAACUCUGGAGAUGGCCAUCUUGGGGGAGGCCCUGCCACCACCACCAAUGGUUUCCAUACCAAUCUCAUGUCCACUGGAGGCCCACUGGCACCUGGAUUGAGGCUCCCAGCCUCCAGCCCCAAGAGGAACGGGACAUCUAUUGAAGGAAAUAGCAGUGCCUCGAGCCCCUGUCCAGAGGGGCAGGACACCAGGCGGCCAAGCAGCAGAAACCCUUCCACCUGGACUGUAGAGGAUGUGGUCGAGUUCAUGAAAGACGCUGACCCUCAGGCUCUGGGGCCUCAUGUGGAACUCUUCCGAAAGCACGAGAUUGACGGCAAUGCACUAUUGUUGCUGAAGAGUGACAUGAUCAUGAAGUACCUGGGCCUGAAGCUGGGACCUGCCCUGAAACUCUGCUACCACAUCGACAAACUGAAGCAAGCCAAGUUCUGAAGUUCUUCCAAAGCUGGAAGUCAAACCCAAGAUAACAGUCCUUAAAUUUAUCUUCUGCCUCCCUGGCGUCCAGCCAGUGCCACAGUUGGGUCUCCUCUUAAAAGAAACAGCCACUAAGUCUUGGUGUUUUUAUAAAAUGCGUGCAUCUUUGCCUUUUUACACAUUUCACGUGGCCCUCUUUGAAAAAUUCAUUUGUAUUAAUGGUUUGCUAAAAAAUUACAAAAAGCCCUUUACCUUUAA